AUGUCGCAAACGAUUUUGAAUGAAGGAAAAAUAGAAGAGACGCUAAACUCUCAGUUAGCGCGGUUCGAUAACUUCAAUAACUUCGAUAACAAGACAGCCAAAGAAUUUAAAAUAACAGUUUUACCUGAUCAGCAAAUUGAAACAUAUCGAUACAUGGAUCAAUCAUGCUUCAAAAAAAAUUCAGUUAUGUUAGAACGAUUUGAAACGCUUGCAGAAAGAUUGAAAGAAGAAUGUGAGAUUGAUGAAAUAUCUGAUCCAACAUCUUUAACUCAAAAUGAGAUAAUAACUGUAGGUAGAAUAUGGUGCGAUUCUGAAGGAAAGCUUAAUUCAGAAUCUGUGUUAUUGGAAACGCUACCAGAUUUUGGAGGAAAUUGGAUUAAAUUGUCAUUGGAAAAACUUUCAACAUUUAGUUUAUUUCCAGGACAGAAUGUUUUUGAAGCCGAAUUCAUCGUAAAUAAAAUUUUUGAGAUGCCAUUGCUACCAAUGUAUCGCACUCCAACUAGUGAAAUCAUUGAUCACAAUAAGAAUUUAAACGGAAAACCACUAAGCGUGGUAAUUGCAACCGGUCCAUAUACAUUAGAAACGGGAUUUGAAUAUGAACCAUUACGUGAGUUGAUAAAAAAGAUGGCACAGGAAAAACCAGAUAUCUUGAUUUUGAUGGGACCAUUUGUCGAUGAGGAUCAUCCUAUGAUACAAACUGGAGAAGUAUCAAAUACUCCCGGUGAACUCUUUAGAAAAUUUAUUACACUUCCAUUGGCUGCAUUCAUCAAGUCUACACCGAAAACGAAGAUCAUUAUGAUCCCUAGUACGAAAGAUAUAUGUCACGAAUAUUUAUCAUUUCCUCAACCACCUUUGGAUAAAGCAGGAUUACCUAAGGAAGUUACAUGUUUAUGCAAUCCGGUCCAAUUCAGAGUAAAUGAAAUUUUGUUUGCUGUUAGCAAUGUUGAUCUCCUAUUUCAUCUUAGUAGGGAUGAAACCGAGAGGGUUCCAGGUAGAGCGGAUCGUAUGUCUAGAAUAGUGCACCAUAUUUUGACUCAAAGACACCUAUAUCCAUUAUUCCCAACGGCUAUUGGUGAAGUAAAUAUGGAUUUGAAGCAUUCAUCAAGCUUAGAGUUAAAAAAUACGCCUGAUGUCCUUAUACUUCCUUCCAAAUUGAAAUAUUUUGCUAAAAUUGUUGAUCAAGUUGUCUGUAUUAAUCCUGGAUAUCUUUGCAAAAGUCAUGCGGGUGGAACAUAUGCCAAAAUGACCAUCUAUCCACUUCUACAAAAUUUGGCGCAAGGGGCUGAUACAGAGAAUUUUGUUUAUCAAAGAACACGUGUAGAUAUAAUAAAAAUAUAA